AUGACCGAAGAAUUGCAAGCCCUUCACCGACAAGGUAUGUGGUCUCUUAUCCCUCCACCAUCACAGCAUCUUAUUCUGGGGUGUAAAUGGACUUACCAGAUCAAACUAAAUUUGAAUGGGAAAAUUGAUCGCUACAAAGCACGGCUUGUUGAAAAAUGCUUUGAUCAGCAACUUGGCAUCAACUACCAUGGUACAUUUAGCCCUGUGGCCAAGCUACCAACCAUUCAAAUAUUACUAGAAAUUGCCAAUCAACAUGCCUGCCAAGUCACUAAAUUGGAUGUCUCCAACACAUUUCUCCAUGGUGAUAUCGAGGAAGAUGUCUAUAUGUGCCAACAAUAG